AUGAAAUCGUUACCAGAAUCAUCACAAACCACACAAACAUUUUUAAAAAUUGCAAAAGAUGAACAGGAAUUACAGAAAGAAAAUGUUCAUGAACCUGAACCAACAUCAGCAUACAUGCCAUAUUUUACAAAUACAGUAUCAACAACAUUACGACAAGAGGAAAAUAUACAUACAAACGCUGUGGGACAACCGUAUUCUCUACAAACAACUGCACCACACGAAUCUAAAAUUAUACAUCAACAACGAACAAAAUUCAAUGAAACACAUCGAUCGCAACCACGAACUCGUCAAUCACCAUCACAACAACAUUUAUCUACAUCGAAACCACAAUCAUCAACAUUUCAUCGCAAUACACAACAAAUUAAAUCAAAAAAUGUUACAGCAACUGGUUCAUUAAAUAUUAAAACGCGUCAAACAAAUACUUGCUCCAUUUGCUAA